UUGAUGUGACGUCAUUAACAGUCGACGGCAGGGCUGUUUUUGAACGGGAUGUUUCUGUUUUUAUAAAUAGUAUUUUUCAACAAUGAAUUUGGAGUGGGUUUGUUCACAUUCCUGAAUACUAUGGCCAGCCAAAGAGCGCUACCUCAAAGCAAGGAGAGCCUUCUUCAGAACUACAACAAAAGACUGAAGGAUGAUAUCAGGUCCAUUCUAGACAACCUCACAGAAAUCAUCAAAACUGCAAAGGUAGAGGAUGAGACACAGGUCUCUCGGGCUACACAGGCUGAGCAGGACCAUUAUGAGAUGCAUGUCAGAGCAGCCAACAUAGUGCGUGCGGGCGAGUCCCUGAUGAAGCUGGUGUCGGACUUGAAGCAGUUCUUGAUCCUCAACGACUUCCCGUCAGUCAAUGAGGCCAUCAGCCUGCAGAACCAGCAGCUGCGCUCGCUGCAGGAGGAGUGCGACAAGAAGCUCACCUCGCUCCGCGACGAGAUCGCCAUCGACCUGUACGAGCUAGAGGAAGAAUAUUACUCCUCCAGGUACAAGUAGGCUCAUACUGUACAGUCGUUGUUCAUUUGGCCUACUCCAUCAUGCCCUAUAGCCCCAACCUGCCCCUAAAUUAUAGCACCUAUUCCCCCUCACCGCCGUGCCUUAUGAAGGGUUGAUCUUACCCCACCACCUCAGUCAUAUCCAUUAGUUCGUUACUGUCUUUGUAUGUUGAGUCAACUUCAUUAGAAUAUCCAAAUGCCGGGUUCAAUAGAUGAUUGAUCUACCUAUGGUCAAAAAUCAAUUGCAUUACAUUUAACGUGAGAAUCUCAUCUCAUUUAGUUUAAAAUUAAAUGAAGUGCCUUGUUUGACAUGCCUCUGGAAGUUUUUAUCCUCAUGUAUGAUAGGUUGUAGGUCUCUACAUGGUAAAUGUUACACUCAAUCAUAAGUGUGGAGUUUCUACUGUAUCUGGUUGCUAUAUUCUUCCUCAGUUCUUUGUAAUAGGCUCAUGAAAGUGAUGAAUAAGAGAACAUGCAUAGAGAGGAGGAAAGGGAAAUGUCAGAAAAAUACAUGUUAAAUGCUUUGUAGCAUAUUUCUUGGACUCUUAUGAAGAACAAAAACUAUGAUACAAUCACAAAAUCACUGGAAGAUUACUUAUAUUCAGUAUAUUCAAUUGUUGUAGUUUUUCCUCCAUUAACAUGUCUUUCUAACCCCAAAUAUAAAUUAUGGAUGUAUAGGUUGAUUAACCAUUGUAUAAUCACACCAGCCAUUUGAAGCUUUCUAUGUUAUACAUUUUCUAUAGAAUGUUUUUUUGACUGGAAAGUGCUAGACAUGUCUCAAAUCCAAUCUCUAUGAGGGUUCCAUAAACUUGUUUGAACAGAAUCCAGUAUCUCUACCGAUUCCAUCCCUAGCUAGCCUACAAGUUACCAAGUCAGUAACCGUGCAAACUGUGUUCACAAAGCAUACAUUGUUGCACGAACAUCAACUAUGGCAUUAUGUAUUAAGUCUAUAUCAGUCACCUACAUAGGACCCACCCUUAAACCCUUUUAAACUUUGAAAAAUAAACUAGAGACAAAA